AGGAAGGAAGGCAGGAAGGAAGGAAGAAGCGCCGCGGCGGAGGGGCCCGCGGGAUGGCCAUGGCCUGACCGGGCCGGGGCAGCGCUGCCCCCCGGCACAGCCCCCCGGCACAGCCCCCCGCCCAUGGCGCUGUAGCGGGCGCGGGGCCCGGGGGCAGCGGCGGCGGUGGCGGCGAGCGAUGCGGGCUCCGGGACCAUGCUGAGGACCGAGGCCGGCGGGGCCGGGGGGUCCCCCUCGGCCGGGGGCGCGGCGGGGGCCGGGGGGCUGCGCAGCGCGUCCCCGCACCGGAACGCCUACGAGGCCACCAUCCAGGCCCUGGCGCCCACAAAGGAGGCCGACGGCGAGGACGGCAAGAAGAGCCGCGGGAAGAAGUAUGGCUCCAACGUGCAUCGGAUCAAGAACAUGUUCCUGCAGAUGGGGACGGCUCCCGGCCCCGAGGGCGCCUGCGACCUGGCCAAGGCCAAGGAGAAGCCGGUGCGCCUGUCCUUACCCCGCGCCGGCAGCCUGGGCGACGGCGUGGACCAGGGCAACCUCCUCAAGCUGGGCACCAGCGUCUCGGAGCGCGUCAGCCGCUUCGACUCCAAGCCCGACAAACCCUUCUCCAAGCUGCAGGAGACCCGCAAGAUCUUCGAGAGGAGCCCUCAGGAGAAGGCCACCAGCACCAAGCUGCUGCUGCGCAAGGAGCGAGCCGGCUUCCAGGACCGCAAGCUGGACGUGGUGGUGAGGUUCAACGGCAGCACCGAGUCGCUGGACAAGCUGGACGCCGACGCCGUGUCGCCCACCGUGAGCCAGCUGAGCGCCGUCUUCGAGAAGGCCGACCUGCGGAACAACCUGCACAAGGCGCAGGGCAGGGCGGCCGCGCCGCUCAACGCCAAGGCGGUGGCCAAGCGGCCGCGGGUCUUCGCGCCCGGCACCGAGCCCGCUCGCCCGGGUGAUAGCCACGCCGCCCCGGCCCGUGCCCGGCCCGCGGAGGACGAGAAGGCGGCGGGGAAGAGCGGGAGGCCGGCGGAGAAGGAGGCGGCGGGAGCGCCGAGGGUGCAGGAGGUGUGCAAGAUCAAGCCCGUGGAGGUGGAGGAGAGCGGAGAGGGCGAGGAGGAGGAAGAGGAGGAGGCGRCGGCGAAGGGAGAAGCGGCCCCGGCGACCCAACCGGCCAAAGGGGAUGAAGGUCCGGCGGCCGCGGCUCCUCGGCCGGACGGGGGCUCGGGAGUGGCCGCGGGCGAGGAGGGCGUCAAGGGCGAGCGGGCGGAGGAGGGCGAUGGCUCCGAGGAGGCCAAGAAGGAGGAUUUCUCCGAGGCGGACCUGGUGGACAUAAGUGCCUACAGCGGGCUCGGGGAGGACUCGGGGGGCAGCGGGCUGGACGAGGAGGAUGAGGCCGAAGGGCUGUACGAGCCCGAGUCGGGCUGCGUGGAGAUCCCGGGGCUGUCCGAGGAAGAGGAGCCCGUGCCCAACCGCAAGAUCCAGUUCAGCACGGCGCCCAUCCAGGUGUUCAGCACCUACUCCAACGAGGAUUACGACCGCCGCAAUGAGGACGUGGAUCCCAUGGCGGUGUUCGAGCUGGCCGAGAACGAGGACGCGCUGUCCCCCGUGGAGAUGGACCCCGAGAAGCUGGUGCACAAGUUCAAGGAGCUCCAGAUCAAACACGCCGUGACCGAGGCUGAGAUCCAGCAGCUCAAGAGGAAGCUGCAGUGCCUGGAGCAGGAGAAGGCGCGCUGGCGGGCCGAGAAGGCGCAGCUGGAGCAGAGCGUGGAGGAGAACAAGGAGCGCAUGGAGAAGCUGGAGGGGUACUGGAUGGAGGCGCAGAACCUGUGCCAGGCCGUGGACGAGCACCUCAAGGAGACGCAGGCGCAGUACCAGACCCUGGAGCGCAAGUACAGCAAGGCCAAGCGGCUCAUCAAGGAGUACCAGCAGAAGUGA